UCUUUGUAGCAUCGGGUGCAGGCUGCUAACCCCACUGCAAGGGUGAUCGUGAAAUCCAAGAUAUUCGUGCUGCAGCACUCCGAUCAGUGUAGAAAAGUGUUUAUUUGAGCCUGAUCUUUGGCACAAAUAAACACUUUUCAACACUUGAGUGCUGCAGCGUGAAUUUCUCGUACCGCAUUGAUUUGUGGGCAUUAUGAGUUAUGCCGGCCAUCACUAGAAAUUCUCUAGGCAGGGCAUUAUGUCCUAUGACUAUUCUACCAAGGAGAUGCCAUAUGUCUCAUUACUGACCCCUGCUGGACACUCCACCUCUCACUGUUUUUGCCCUCCCUUCCAGGCAGCGUUUGAGAAGGCAGCAGAGGAGGUGAAGCAGCUAAAAUCUACACCCGCAGAUGAGGAAAUGCUGGAGACUUAUGCCCUGUACAAGCAGGCCACUGUCGGGGAUGUAAAUACAGACCGUCCUGGAAUGCUGGACUUCAAAGGCAAAGCCAAGUGGGAUGCCUGGAACAAGAAAAAAGGAACCAGCAAGGAGGAUGCCAUGGCCCAGUAUGUGGAGUUCGUUGAAAAGCUAAAGGGCAAAUAUGGAUGCUAACCGAGGUAUCGCCUGUCUCCUACCAGUGUGUUUCCCGGACUGCAUGUUGCCCUUUGUGUGCUGCAGGGGGCGCUGAAUAACAGUUCUUUUUGUACAUUUCAUACAUUAGCUGUACAGUAACAAUAAAACCUCUCUGUUCCUUUG